AUGAAAUGGCCCAAAACGUGUACUAACGUGGUUAUCAAGACAUGGCCGUGUCGUGGAAGCGAUUGUCGAGUGGAUUUCGGAGACUGUGUGUCCGUGUUGCGAGCCAAAAGAAUGCAACGACCAACCUGCCACAAGUUUGUCAAAGGCUCUCUGUUCCUUGUCAGGAUGCCUUCUGGGAGCGAACUGAGAGUCAGACGAGUUCCAAGCAGUACUGUGAGGGAUCUUUGCAACAACCAAGCUCGAGGAAUAGACAUUGAUUGCGGGCGAGAUCCAGGCCCUGCCAUCGUCGGGUCUCCAGCGUCGAGAAGGAAAAGGAGCAGCGGAGUAGCGUUCGGUGCAGAGAGAAGUGAACAGAACAUCACACUGCCCGAUCGUUUUAAGGGAUUGGAUGAAUCAGAUGAUUGGAGUAAAAGCGAACUUAAAAAUUCGUAUGAACAACUUCAUACAGCAAAUUCUAGUUCGCGUUUGUUUCCCACGUCUACACUAUUUGAUAAAAUCUACCAAUUGCUCAACGAAACUAUAAAUUUCGACCUCGGGUACGGAUCUGAAGUGAAAGGGAAAAAUAUCAUCAGAAAAGAUAAGUUUGUUCCGGAAUUAACCAAAAGUAUGGCUUUAGCAGCAGCAGUAAAUUGUCUCAAAGGUAAAUCGUGUAACUUAGGCGAAAAUGCUAGAGAUAAAGGAUCAUCAGUUUCCGGAGGCAAUAUGAACGAGCCUUUAUCAAGCCAAGGCAAGUUAAACGAAGAAUUAGAAACCCCGAUGCCCUUUGAUAAUUCUCCCCAGGGGAGGCUCAAAAGACAGUUUAAUUUCAAUGAAGACGAAACUACCAAUGACACUCUCUGCGCAGUAAGUUUCCCUGUGAAUAUCCCACUUCCCCUUUCAGCGACCUAUAGAAUAGUGUAUGUACGUAUAAAUGUGUGCACCUUCAUCAUAGGCCUUAUACCUAUCUUUAUCAAGGAAAUCAUGCCAGACCCGGAAACACCCGAAGAGACCACCACUACUGUAAUUCCCCCUCCUGUUAUCACAUUCCCUACGCCUCCUUCAACAUCCACUUCUUUUACCACAACCACAACUUCUCCCUCCACUGCGCCUACCACUCUCCUUACCCCUACUCCCUUGCCGCUGCCGAGUGUUGAGGCCCGGGUGAGAGCCGUCAUCCCCUUCUGCACUGGAGCCGGGUACCUGAGCCUGGUCCAGCGAUUACAGAGGCUUGUCAACCGUAACAAUGGGCGUCCCCUGAGUCCCGUGGCUGCUUUACUUGCAAGCGGUAUUAAUUACUGCAAGUAUGGCCUGGGUACACCCGAGAAUACAGUGGGCAAGGUUCCAGAGGCUCCGUUGAGCUUCCAGAUUCCUGCAGGCCUCCAGAUUUUAUUGAACGACGAUGAGGCACAAGUUUCUUCAUCUCCUCCCAAGCGCUGGCCAGGCAUUAGUCACCCAGCCCUAUACCUUUAUCAGGGCAACAAUACUCCUCCUCCACCUAUGCAGCCCGUCCCUCGCCCGCCUCCCACUGUCCCCACGGUUGUGAUCUUCAAUGACACUGUCAUUUCCUAUACAACAACGCUUAGUCCAGGGAUGCCUGGUGGUGCCGGGAGUGAAGGAACCGCUCCGGAGGCUGACGAUGGUGAUGCAGGACCCGAUAAACCCGAUCAAGGUUUUGGUGAAGAUGAAAACGACGACGGUGUUACGACAGAGUCGGGCGAAAAUAAGGAGGAAGUUACAUCGGACGAAGAGGAAAACUCGGGGCCUCAGCCAGUAACAGAAACAACAUUAAAAAACCGUAGUUCUUUCUCGUGUGGUGGGGCACUUAUAUCUCCCUAUCACAUCCUAACUGCCGCUCACUGCCUUUUGAGCGAGCGCGUCUCUGAGGACGGUGCACCUCAAUUUCUCAAGCCAUCGGUAGUAAGACUGGGUGAAGUGGAUUUCGAGCGCGUGGAUGAGAGCCAAGCCUUUGACUACGAGGUAGAAGCCAUCCAGGUUCAUGAAGGAUAUGCCCUUCCUGCUAGGUACAACGACAUAGCAAUAAUCACGUUAAAGUAUGAGGUCAACCUAUUUCAUCGUUUCUCGCAACGAUCGCAUUUUCAUAACACUUCCGAGGUCGUAGACAAACCUCCGUACGAGAAACUGCGGGUGCCCGAAACCACUCGUAACGUUCCUCGGGCGACCCUCCUCUGCUCAUAUCAGCCUCAUAAAUACCUUUAA